ACGUGGUUCUUAAGCAGAACUCGUCUCUUUGGCGCCAAUCUUUUGGAAAUGUGGCUCACGGGUCUCAAGGUGCACCCAGAAGCGCUUACAUGUCCAUCAACAGAGGAAUGGAUAAAGAAAACGCAGUACUGACACACAAGGGAGAGGCAGGUGGAAGUCAUCAUAAGGUUUCUGUUUCGCCCGUUGUCCAUGUUCGAGGACUGUGUGAGUCUGUAGUGGAAGCAGACCUUGUGGAGGCUCUGGAAAAAUUUGGGACAAUAUGCUAUGUGAUGAUGAUGCCGUUUAAACGACAGGCUCUAGUGGAAUUUGAAAACAUAGAUAGUGCCAAAGAAUGUGUGACCUUUGCUGCAGAUGAACCUGUGUACAUUGCUGGUCAGCAGGCUUUUUUCAAUUACUCUACAAGUAAGAGGAUCACUCGACCAGGAAACACUGAUGAUCCAUCAGGAGGCAACAAAGUCCUUUUGCUGUCAAUUCAAAACCCUCUUUACCCAAUUACAGUGGAUGUGUUAUACACCGUAUGCAACCCUGUUGGAAAAGUACAGCGCAUUGUUAUAUUCAAGAGAAAUGGGAUACAAGCAAUGGUUGAGUUUGAAUCGGUCCUUUGUGCCCAGAAAGCCAAGGCAGCACUUAAUGGAGCAGAUAUAUAUGCUGGAUGUUGCACACUAAAAAUUGAAUAUGCAAGACCAACUCGUCUAAAUGUUAUUAGGAAUGACAAUGACAGUUGGGACUACACUAAACCAUAUUUGGGAAGAAGAGAUAGAGGAAAGGGUCGCCAGAGACAAGCCAUUUUGGGAGAACACCCCUCUUCGUUUAGACAUGAUGGCUAUGGAUCCCAUGGUCCAUUGUUGCCUUUACCAAGUCGUUACAGAAUGGGCUCUCGAGAUACACCUGAGCUUGUUGCAUAUCCAUUACCACAAGCUUCCUCGUCUUAUAUGCAUGGAGGAAAUCCCUCUGGUUCAGUAGUAAUGGUUAGUGGAUUACAUCAACUAAAAAUGAAUUGUUCAAGAGUUUUCAACCUAUUUUGCUUGUAUGGAAAUAUUGAAAAGGUAAAAUUUAUGAAGACCAUCCCUGGCACAGCACUGGUAGAAAUGGGUGAUGAGUAUGCUGUAGAAAGAGCUGUCACACACCUUAAUAAUGUCAAGUUGUUCGGGAAAAGACUUAAUGUUUGUGUGUCUAAACAACAUUCAGUUGUUCCAAGUCAGAUAUUUGAGCUCGAAGAUGGUACAAGUAGCUACAAAGAUUUUGCAAUGAGCAAAAAUAAUCGCUUUACAAGUGCUGGCCAAGCAUCUAAGAAUAUAAUCCAGCCGCCUUCAUGUGUGCUGCAUUAUUACAAUGUUCCAUUGUGUGUUACUGAAGAGACCUUCACAAAGUUGUGUAACGACCAUGAAGUUCUCACGUUCAUCAAAUAUAAAGUGUUCGAUGCGAAACCCUCUGCCAAAACACUUUCUGGGCUAUUAGAAUGGGAAUGCAAAACCGAUGCAGUAGAAGCUCUAACUGCACUUAAUCACUACCAGAUCAGAGUCCCAAAUGGUUCCAAUCCCUACACUUUGAAGCUUUGCUUUUCUACAUCCUCCCAUUUAUAAGAAGAGCAUGUUAGAAUUUAUGUUCAUCUUUAUUACAGUUUUAAAGCCACAGUUCAUUAAAAAAAUAAUCUAAAAUGGUUCAUCUCAUGUUGCCUUGCUUACUUUAAGAUCCUGUUCUGUAAUAAACAUAUUUUGCCUUGAAUAAAUUUGUUGUAAACUUAAAUAUUGUUUUCAUUUUCAGAUAGAAUAUCAUAAUGUAGACUGUCUACAGCUUUGUUGUAGAUUAUGCAAAUACAUGAUUUCUAAACUUAUUACUAUAAUUUUUCUUCCAUGGUAAAAUUAUAUUUACAUUCUUAAUGCUAAUUACUAUCUGCAAGUAUUUUUCCAUGUGUAUGAGAUUAAUGCAGGUGAGAGUAUUGCAUUUAAAAAUAGGAUUCCUAUAUGUUUAGAUGUUUUAAGUGUGUUGCGGUUAUUCAUACUAAACAAAACUUGUAUUUAUUAUUUUAAUGAAGUUUGAGAAUAGCAUUACACAUGUUGACUCAAGUACUACAGAUUUAGCUGAUUUUAUAUUUUGGAAAGGUUAGCAGACGUGGACUCACUUGUACAGUAUGCUUUCCAAUUUAUUUAAACUGGUGUAUUUUUUUAAAGUCAUUGUCCGUUUGUAUUGACAUGCUUCUGUUUCUAGUUCCAGUUCGAAGGUUUUAUAAAGUUGUAACAAUGAGAUAAUGUGUUCACCUUCUUUUGUUGUGUGUGACUUGAUCUUGAAUAUAUAUCUAGUAUUGGACAUUGAGGUGAUUUUUUUUUUUUUUUGGCGUUGAAGUUUUAAUAGAAGUUAUAAUUAAUUUUUUUUGUGUAAUAACCUGGGAUCUAUGGAUGGGUUUUGGAGAGCCUGUGAGCCCCCUAAACUUACAUGUAGAAGUUUGGGUGUUUGCAUUUUUAUUUUCUACUCUUCAUCAUGAUAUAUGUAUUUUUCUAUAUGGUGCAAUAUUUAAGGAUCUAAUUUUAUUUUUGAUUGAAACAGAUACCUGUUUGUCUCAAUACCAUUUAUUAAACAUUCUCCCAUUGGA